AGAAGAGACGCGUCACGUGACCUCGCCGUGUUUUCACAUGUGUUUAGCACAGGCUGCUACUUCAGCAUUUAAACUUUAUUUUACAUUUUAACACUUAAAUCUCAACCACACACUCAGGAAAACCAUGGCCUCCAGCUGCAGACGACCCGAACACAGCGCCCCUCCAGAUGUGUUCUAUAAUGAAGAUGAAGCCAAAAAGUACUCCCAGAACUCUCGGAUGAUUGAGAUUCAGACCCAAAUGUCAGAGAGAGCAGUCGAGCUUUUAAACCUGCCAGAGGGACAGCCCUGCUUCCUGUUAGAUGUUGGGUGUGGAUCUGGUCUCAGCGGAGACUUCCUGUCAGAGGAGGGACACUACUGGGUUGGGAUCGACAUCAGCACUGCAAUGUUGGAUGUUGCGCUGGACAGAGAAGUAGAAGGAGACCUUCUGCUGGGGGACAUGGGCCAAGCGAUGCCCUUCCGACCUGGCACCUUUGAUGGAUGCAUCAGUAUCUCUGCGCUGCAGUGGCUUUGUAAUGCAGACAAAAGGUCACACAGUCCACCAAAGAGACUCUUCACCUUCUUUAGUACUCUCUACUCGUCACUGUCAAGAGGCUCGCGUGCAGUUUUUCAGCUUUAUCCCGAGAACUCAGAACAGCUGGAGCUGAUCACGACGCAGGCCAUGCGAGCAGGUUUCAGCGGAGGCAUGGUAGUGGAUUACCCCAACAGCAGCAAGGCAAAGAAGUUCUUCUUGUGUCUGUUUGCCGGCGUUUCAGGAGUUCUUCCUAAAGGACUGGGGUCAGAAACUUCAGACAAAUCUGUUUCCAACCAGGUUCAGUAUUCAGGACAAAGGUGUCGUUACAAAAACAUGAAAGGAAAAUCGGUGAAGAAGGGACGAGAUUGGAUCUUGGAGAAGAAAGAGAGAAGAAGAAGACAGGGAAGGGGGGUUCGAGCCGACACAAAAUACACCGGACGUCAGCGAAGACCUCACUUCUAGCUCUGACUCGUGCAAGUGUGCCUUUUAUUAGUGCUCAUCUGAACUGCCACACACACAGUCACCCUUGCAGCUGCUGCAUGAUUGGACUAGUCAACUCCUUAACUCAAGUGGAUGAGAUGAAAGUGUGGAAAUACUGUUAUAGCCGGUCAGUUUUGUAUUUGGUUCAAUUUCAUUCUCAGAAUAAUGCUUUUACUUUUUAUGUUUGGUUUUGGCUUGAAGUUUGCUGCCACGGAGAAAACAAAUCACUGACAGUGUUGUAGCAUCAAUACAAUGUUUCAAAGUCAUGCGAUAUCAGAUUUUCACAUUGUGUUGACCUGUUUAUCAUAUUAUCCCCAAUGCUCUCUAAAUUAAAUCUUCAAUGAAAUGUUUCCUUUUCUUUUCUUUACAGAAUAUAAAAAAGUGAUUUUUGUAUUAUUACAUUGUCACAAUCUGAAUUUGAAAGAAUAAAAUUUGAACGUGAUGCGAUAAUAAGCGAGUAAAUACACAAAAGAAAACUAGUUCUUUGAGGAGCUUUUCAUAAGGGGUCAAUUGAUGUAAAUUUGACAUGUAAUCAUUGUUUAAGGAUGCAUAAAUUAAAAAAUAAUU